GUCCGGCCGAGGCGCUGCCUAAUUGCCAGGGCGCAGGACGAGCUGCUCCGGCCGACCGCCAGCGGGAGGCGUCGCCGAGCAAGCAGCGAAGUAAACCAAAGCGGGCAGCAGCGACCGAAGCACGCGUCGCGGGGCUGCACGGGGCUGCCCCCAGAGGCAAGCACCAUGUACGACGAGGCCGACGCGCCGCCGCCGGCCCUGGACCUCAGCCAAGAAGAACUGCGGAAGAGGCUCCGCGCGCUCCCACCAGGGUUUGAUAAAAACGCGCUCAAGCCGCUCAAGAUGCUGAGCCGGACGGGCCGCAUGACCUCUAAGAGAAGGAAGACCCAGGAACAGUUCUCAAGGACGGCGCCGGGCCUCAUGAAGCGCACGCAAGCCACGAAUGCCAAGGGCGUCCUGUCUACCGAAAGAGCCGCCUUAGCGCUGACCUCUAGACAUGUGUUAUCGAAGCCCCACAAGGUCCGCCAGGUCAUCUCCCCGACUCGAUCCAUCAUGUCCGUGGAAGAAGCGGCGGUCGUACCUUACAGUGAACCAGUGAAGCAAGUAGUGUCGUUUUUAGACUCCCUAGAACUAUCAGAUCAGCAGAUGGCGUCGUUCAUCGACGACGCCGGGUCCUUCCUCUACCUGACACGUCGAAGCAGACAGUCGUCGGCCUACGACUUACGCGUGUGCGAAUGGGCCGAAGUGGAUGAAAGCGACUACUUCACCGUCUCGUGCAAUGGUGUGUAUCUCCGCGUUUUGAGGUGUUGCGGUGCCUUCACUUUGUUGAUGUGACUCGUCUCCAGGAGAGAAGGCGCUGGGUGGUUUCUCGUUCGAAUUUGAGUGAAUUCGGACGCGAUGCGAGAGAAAUGCUCCGCGCAGGUGUCACGCAAUUCGAAAAAACGGACUCGGAGUUCACUUCACUAAGUGUUUUUGAGAAGGAGUACAAGGACUACCACGCCAUGGCCCGGAUUCCCUUCUUCUUUAAGUAUCGGAGCUGGAAGACGUUCCAGGUCUGGAAGAAGGUGCGACCUCGGCGUCCCGUGCGGUGCCUUCGACUCGUGGCCAUCGCACGAGGGCGUGGGUGGUCUCUUGACGGAAAUGCUCCGCGCAGGUCGUCAAGCGAGGCAAGAUCCGCGCCGCCUCGAAGGUCAUCAAACAGCAGUUGUUCCUCUUCGCUCCCGCGUUGAGGGACGCUCUCCUCAAGGUCCAAGGUUUAUGCCAAGACACGUUAACGUACGGCUUGCUGUCGGCCGAUCCUAGUGUGACGUACGAGCUCCAGGACUUUGUCAAAGAGCAAGAAGCACGACAAGCGGAGAUGGCCGAAGGACUCGUGAGGUUCAGCGCCGACGUGCAGCAGGUCGCUAGAAGUGCUUGUGACGACGUCGUGGAUCAAUUCCUCAAGCAGGCGGGAAUCGUCGCGGACCACCGCAUGACCUUCAUGGAGCGGGCCGCGUUGCGGUCGGAAUGUCGCAAGUUGACACGGUUCCUGCGGUUGGUCGAUUGCCACGUCGUCGCCGCUCUCAGAGAAUUAGCGUUGGAGGCGGCGGCAAACGCGCUGCGAUUAGUCGAUCCUCCUCCUCACAAAUUGCCGAAGCAUGUUGUAUACAGGGAUGAUCCUGACACCGUGGUUAAGGCGGACCCGCUCGCGUUUUUGAAUGAAGCUGAGGAGGUGUCGGCGACGCCGCUGUUUCGAGUCGAGGUCUCUUUUGUGGAGAGCGAGCUCCAGCUCUCCCCAUCCAAAGAUCAGAUGCAGUUGUGCUUCAAUGACGUGUUGCAGUCUUGUCUGCGAGUGGUAGGCAUUCCCGAUAGGAUUUUUGCCCACCCCGAUCUAGCUUUAUAUGUGAUGACGGACGGCGACGAGCCGCACGGUGCUUCAUCAGUGUCUUGUGUCCAUCUCACUUCCAUGAGAGUGGUUUCUUUGUCGAGUUUGAGGCCAUUCGGACCGCGUCGCGGCGUGUCCGAGAGCGCGGUCGCCGCGAUGGCGUGAGGUUGCUCGCACCGACGCGGUCGCCGCGACGGCGUCGCCGCGAUGCCGCACGAGAGUCGACGCGUCGCGUGGGUGAACGGAGACCGAGACCGCGAUACGCUCCGCGCAGGCGAACAGCGGGAAGAGAUCACGGUCCAAGAUUUAGUAGGGAGGGAACCGUCGUGGCGGUCCUGCAGCCAGGACAUCGCCGACGCUCUGGCGAGAACUUUUGACGAAACAGCUAACUACUGUGAAGUGUUCCAACCUUAUGCGGGUAAAGGGUCGGUCUCGGUGGAAAACGACGCCUUCCUCGCUGGACAUAAGACGGCCUUUGGGGACCCCGUCGACCUGCAAGCCUAUUCCGACGCUAUUAAUAAAUUCAGAGAUCAGAGAGACGACUUCCGGACCAUUCCGAGGAGCGCCGACGUGUCGAUAUUACGCGUCGACUCGCUGGACCUGAAAACAGAGCUCUUACCAUCACCUACACGCUGUGUGGAUGCCUUGCAAGCCUUACUGCCGGAAUUGAUGGACCUAGGAUUCAAGAAACUGCUGCGAGACAUCAAUACGCAACUACCGACCGUGACGGGAAGCCCGCAGGACGUGGCGGAAUUCGUCCACAAAAUGAAGGUCGUGCGCGAGAGCCAGCAGAGCGUCGAAGGGUAUCAACAAAGACAAGAGCAUUUGAAGCAGAUGGCGUCGCUCAUGAAGCGCGAGCACUGGCCCCUGCCCGAGCAGCAGUCAGCAAACAUGGUCAUGUGCGACGAGAACGUCUCGCAGUUGGAAAGUGGAGCGCAGAUCGCCGAGGCCGGCGAGGAGGACGGCAAGAAGCGCUUCUCGAACGAGAUCGAGAAGGAGGUGCCGUCCCUGAAGAAGAAGAUCGGCCUCGUGCGCGAGAAGCUCGAUGAUCCCAUCAUCGCCUCGGUCCACGAGAAGCCGUCGACGGUGUUGAGUUUCUUAGAGAGCAAUCAAGAUAGCCUCGAUGACUUAAGAAAGCGGUCGGAGACGCUGUCGGAAUAUCAAGUAGCAUUAGGCCUGGACGUCGACGAAUAUGACACGCUCGACGAGGUGCAGCUCGACUUGACGUUGAAGUUGAAGCUCUGGCGGGGCGUCAAGGAGUGGUCGCAGCUCACGGCGGGGUGGGUGAUCCAAGCACUAUUGGAGGUAGAUGCGGCAGAAAUGGAAAAGCAGGUCAAUUUGUACACGAAGACCGUCUUCCAGGCGCAAAAGGGCAUGCCCGGCAACCCCGUCGUGCCGCGACUGAAGGAUAGUGUCGACACGUUCACACCGCUCUUGCCCUGCGUAGUUAAUUUGAGAAACAACAACCUGCAGGAGCGCCACUGGGACGAGAUCCACGCGCUGCUCGGCUUCGAGGUCAAGGGCGACAAGCACUUCACAUUAGGGGACCUCGUCAACCGGGGCGUGACGGACCACGCCGACGCCAUCACCGUCCGUGACUCAGCGUUUUCAGUGAUCUUGAACUUGCCGGGGUCGGCGCGAUGCCGCAUGAGCGUCUACGCGUCUCGUGAGCGACAGUGUCCGUUCCACACAGGUCAUCGCGACGAACGCGACGCAAGAGUCGGUCCUGGAAGAGAUGAUGGCCAAGGUACGGCAUCGGUGUUUUGACGUGUGGAGGCGCCUUCACUUCCUUGGAUGGACUCGUGGCCAUCUCACGAUGAGGCCAUUCGGACCGAGUCGAGCGAGCACGAUGCUCCGCGCAUGACGUGGUCGCCGCGACGGCGUCGACGCGAUGCCGCGCCGCCUCGACGCCGUCUUCGUGGUCGCAUGAGAGUCCACGCGUCUCGCGAGUGACACGGCGUCCGUGCCACGCAGGUCGCGGCGGCCUGGGAGUCGACCGAGUUGGUAGUCAUGCCCUAUAAAGAUGUGAAGGACCUGUACAUUCUGGGAGAUGUCUCGGAAUUGAUAGCUGCUCUGGACGAGUCGCUCGUGACCGUUAAUACGGUAUUAGGUUCUCGCUACGUAGGAGGCAUCCGGGACUUCGUGGAGACGUGGCGGAAGAACCUCAUAUUAUUUCAAGAUACGCUGGACGAGUGGUUGGCUUGUCAGAGAGCCUGGAUGUACCUCGAAACAAUUUUUGCCUCGGCCGACAUCAUAAGGCAGCUCCCGGCCGCCGCGAAAAAAUUCCAGAGUGUCGACAAGUCCUGGAAGGCGACGAUGAAGGCCACGGCCGACGACCCCAUGGCUCUUAAGUCAUGUACAGUAGCAGGCCGGAAAGACAUGUUCCUGGCACACAAUAACACGCUCGACAAAAUUCAAAAGUCGCUGGACGAGUACAUCGAGACGAAGUGCUCCGCGUUCCCGCGGUUCUACUUCCUGUCGGCGGACGAACUCCUAGAAAUCCUCAGCCAGUCGAAGAACCCGCAGGCCGUGCAGCCGCACAUGAGGAAGUGCUUCGACAACCUCGUGCGGCUGGACUUCGGCGACGAUGCUACGAGCGUGGACAUCCAGGCCAUGUUCUCGGGGGAAGGGGAACGAGUGGCUUUAGGGAAGAAUCUGAAAGCCAGAGGGAAUGUGGAAGAUUGGCUUUCCAGUGUCGAGGCUAGAAUGAAGCUGUCGCUGCACGGGUUGAUGAAGAUUGGAUUACAAGACUACGAGAAUUCCGUGCGGGACGAGUGGGUGGUGGGAGGCACGGCUGGUCAGGUCGUCGCGACGGUCGCGCAGAUGAUGUGGGCGCGCGGCUCCGAGAAGGCUCUGAAAGAAGGCUCUAUGCAGACGUGGUACCAGACGCAGCUCGAUGAUUUGCAAGGUUUAAUUACCAAGAUCAGAUCCGACCUUACUUCAUUGCAGAGGAAGUGCGUCGUCGCUCUCGUUACAACUGAUGUUCAUGCGCGCGACAUCGUCGAGGAUUUGAAGAACAAGGGCGUCGAUCGGGUCGACGACUUCAACUGGAUGCAGCAGCUGCGGUAUUACUGGGAGAGUGUCGGCGGAGGAGAAGAUUGUUUAAUAAGGCAUUCGGACGCGGUGAUCAACUACGGCUACGAGUACAUGGGCGCCACUUCUCGCCUUGUGAUUACGCCGUUGACGGAUCGGUGCUGGUUGACGCUGACGGGUUCUUAUGGUCUCAAACUAGGAGCGGCACCGGCGGGACCCGCGGGCACCGGCAAGACCGAAAGUUCAAAGGACCUAGCGAAGGCCAUGGCCAUCCAGUGCGUCGUCUUCAAUUGCAGUGAUCAAAUAGACUACAAGAUGAUGGGGAAGCUUUUUAGGGGGCUCGCGCAGAGCGGCUCGUGGACUUGUUUGGACGAGUUCAAUCGCAUCGACAUCGAGGUGCUGUCGGUGAUUGCGCAACAACUACUAGUACUACGCGAGGGCCGGCUCGCAGGGAAAAAUAAUAUAAAUUUCAUGGGCGUCGGUGCGGACUCAGCGUCAACUUCAAGUUGCGUCACAUGAGAGUCCACACGCAGGCAUCAAGCUCGUCGACCACCACGUCAUCAUCACGAUGAACCCCGGCUAUGCCGGUAGAACCGAACUCCCGGACAAUUUACAAGUGUGUUUCCGGCCCGUGAGCAUGAUGGUCCCGAACUACGCGCUGAUCGCGGAGAUCAUGCUCUUCGCCGAGGGUUUUGGGGACGCGAAGACGCUGUCCCGAAAAAUGUGCAAGCUUUAUAUCUUGUGUAGCGAACAGCUCAGUCAGCAGCCGCACUACGACUACGGGCUCCGAGCCGUCAAAAGUGUUUUGGUCAUGGCCGGAGGGCUCAAGCGGGCGAACCCCGACAUUAGUGAGGAUUUGGUCCUUAUUCGAGCGUUGCGCGAUAGCAAUCUACCGAAAUUCUUAGCUGAUGACAUCCCGCUCUUCUUUGCGAUCAUAAAAGAUUUAUUUCCGGGCGUCGUCGUGCCGGACAACGACUACGGCGAGUUCCAGGCGCGCUCGCGGCGUCCUGUUGCGUUCGCGAUGCGGUCCGAACCGGUUCAUUGAAGGAGACGAGUCGCGUCGACGGCAUGCCCCGCGCAGGUCGCCAUGGAGGAGGAAAUAACCAAGGCGGGUUUGCAGAACGUUCCCGGCUUCCACAAGAAGGUCAUCCAGAUGUUCGACAUCUUCAACAUCCGGUUUGGCAUGAUCGCAGCGUCCCGCGGUGCUGCGGCGCCUUCACGCCGUCGACGCGACUCGUGUCCAUCUCACAAUGAAGUGGGUGGUUUCUUUUUCGAUAUUGGGGCCAUUCCGAGACCGCGACGCUCCGCGCAGGCGCGACGCUCGUGGGGCCGACGGGCGCGGGCAAGUCGACGUGCUACCGCAUCCUGUCGAGGAUCAUGACGUCGCUCCACCAAGCGGGAAGUAAAAACGAGCAGUACCAAGAGGUGGCCUUCGAGAUCCUGAAUCCCAAGUGCAUCACGAUGGGUGCUGACUCAGCGUCUGUUUCUGAACGUUUCCGAACUUCAAGAACGCGUCGGUGGCGUCGGCGCGACGCAUCAGCAGCGUGACGCCGUCGAUGCGGCCGUCAGAGCGUCCACAGCGGUUUCGUGACAGUGUCGGUGCCACACAGGCGAGUUGUACGGCGAGGUCAACAUGGUCACGCAGGAGUGGAGGGAUGGCUUAGCCUCCACGAUUAUGAGGCGAGCCGUGAAUGAUGAAACGCCGAUCCGCAAGUGGACGGUCUUCGACGGGCCCAUCGACGCGCUGUGGAUCGAGAACAUGAACACGGUCUUGGACGACAACAUGACCCUUUGUUUAGCCAACGGUGAAAGGAUAAAACUUAAGAUAGAGAUGAAGAUGCUUUUUGAAGUGAUGGACCUGGCCGUGGCGUCGCCGGCCACGGUCUCGCGCAUCGGCGUCGUCUUCAUGACCCCCUCCGAUUUAGGAUGGAUGCCCUAUAUCACAAGUUGGACGCAGACCUUUCCCGAGACCGUUCCGGAGUUAGUCAAGACGAAACUAAUUGUUUUAUAUGAAUCAUGUUUCCAGAAGGGCCUGAGUUUCCAGCGCAAGCGGUGCAAGGAGCCCGUGGGCUGCGUCGACAUCCAGCUCGCGACGUCCUCGGCGAUGAUCUUUCAGAGCAUACUCUUCGGACCGGAGUCGAAGGUGUCCUUCGAGACCUAUGGAGAGAAGCCCGAUUUGUUAGAGAGGUUGGUCGAGAAGCUCUGGUACUUUUCGUUCGUCUGGUCCGUCGGCGGGUCGUGCCAGGCGCAAGAUCAUGAACGUUUUGACGACUUCGCGAAGGAAUUGAUGGAGACGAGCGGUGCGUAUUUCCGCGUUGUGAGGCGUUGCGGGGCCUUCCACUUCGCUCGUUUCCGGGAAUGAUGGCCGGGGGUGGUCUCUUUUUCGAGUUUGGGCCGAUUCGGACCGCGGUCGCGUCGAUGGCGUCUUCACGAGACAUCGUGAUCCCACGAGAGUCUACAGUGUCGUGACGGCGUCCGUGCCACGCAGGCGAGGAGGGCUCCGCCGUCCCGCUCGACGUCCCGGGCAUGGGCACGUCCUUCGACUACUUCGUCGAUUGCACGAUAGAGGGCGGCAAGUUCGUGCCCUGGCGCAAUAUAGUACCGAGCUUCAAAUAUCAAAAAGACGUCGCCUACACGGCGCUGACUCGGCGUGAAAAAUGAACUUGAACUUGACGUCUGGUCGAUGGCGUCUCCACGAGACCGCGACGCCGUCGACGCGGCCGCAUGAGAGUGACGGUGUCGUUCCCACACAGGCCAUCCUCGUCCCGACCGAAGAUACCACAAGAUUCUCCUACCUCAUGAGAACAUUAAUCACGGUCGACAAGCCCGUCUUCGUCACGGGCAUGACGGGCACGGGCAAGACCGUCAUGGUGCAAAAUUUAUUGCGCUCCUUGGAGCCGUACCCCGACGAGGGGGGUCUAGCGGUAGUACCAACUUUCAUGAACUUCAGCGCGCAGACUUUGAGCUUAAUAACGCAGCAGGCCAUCGAAAGUAAAUUGGAGAAGAAGCGGAAGAAUUUGUUGGGCGCGCCGGCGGGCAAGAAGUGCAUCUUUUUCGUCGACGACAUCAACAUGCCUUUGGUGGUGCUGACUCAGCGCCGAAAAUGAACUUGACGUGCUCGCCUCGAUGGCGUCGCGGCGACGCAGCAUCGCGUCGACGCCGUCGACGUGGCCGCAUUGAGAGAGUCGCGGUCGUUGCGUGACGGUGUUCGUGCCACACAGGAGAGUUACGGCGCCCAGCCGCCCGUCGAGUUAUUACGACAGUUCCUCGACUUUAAAGGCUUCUACGACCGCGACAAGUUGUUCUGGAAGGACAUUACGGACACGAUGCUCUUCACGGGCGCGGCGCCGCCGGGCGGCGGUCGCAGUGUGGUCACACCUAGAUUCACGCGGCACUACAACGUCUUCUGCGUGCCGCCCGCGAGCGAGGCGGUCAUGAGGGUCAUUUUUGAAUCGAUUUUCAGUGGGUUCAUGAAGCCGUUCGACAAGGACGUGCAGCGGCUCGUCGGUGCGAUCCCGGCGUUUUAUGAAGGUGCCUUCGACUCGUAUCUGACACACGAUGCCGGGGGUGGUUUGUUUUGUGAUUUCGAGCUGUUUCGGACCGCGUCGAUGGCGUCUUCACGAGACAGCGCCGCCGCGACGCCGUCGAGCAACCGCGACGCUCCGCGCAGGCGGCAUCGUCGCGGCCACGAUCGAGGUCUACAACUCCAUCUCCGCCGAGCUAUUACCCACACCAGCGAAGUUCCACUACACCUUCAACCUCCGAGACAUCUCCAAGGUCUUCCAGGGCAUGCUCAUGAUUUCACCAGUCAAGUGCAAAGAUCAAGAUACUUUAUCAAAAUUAUGGCUCCACGAGUCGCAAAGGGUCUUCUACGACCGCCUCAUUAACGAAGAGGACCAGCAGUGGUUCGAGCGCUUGGCCUGCGAACUCUUGAGCAGACAUUUAGGGCAAAUGACGAGUGCAGACCAAAUUUUCGGCGAACAUUCGGUCCUCUUCUGCGACUUCAUGAAGGCCGGCGUCGACGUCGAGAACCGGAGGUAUGAGCUCGGGGGCAUUGAUAAAAUAACAGCGUUGCUGGGAGACGCGCUCGACGAGUACAACGUGUCGUUUCCGACGCGGAUGAACCUCGUGUUCUUUUCGGACGCCGUGAGGCACAUAGCGAGGAUGAGUCGUAUCUUGAGGCAACCUAGGGGCAACGCCAUGCUCGUGGGCGUCGGUGGGAGCGGCAAACAAAGCACGACGCGGAUGGCCUCGUUUAUCGCCCAAAUGCCGUGUCUGUCCAUCGAGAUCUCUCGCGGGUACGGCCUGAAGGACUUCCGGGAGGACAUCAAGGUCUUCAUGGUCAAGACGGGAGUGGAGGGUACGAACGUGGCCUUUUUAUUUACAGAUACGCAAGUGGUCGAGGAGUCGAUGCUCGAGGACAUCAACUCCAUUUUGAACAGCGGAGAGAUCCCGAACCUGUUUCCCCAGGACGAGCUCGACAAGAUCUGCAGCGACAUGAUCCCCGUCUGCGACGCGCUGGGCGUGCCCGCGUCGCGCGACAACUGCGUCGCGACGUUCGUGCAGCGAGUCUGGGACAAGCUCCACAUCUGCCUUUGUAUGAGUCCGGUCGGGGACGCUCUCAGAGUGAGGUGUAGACAGUUUCCCUCCCUAGUAAAUUGCUGUACGAUCGACUGGUGCUGACUCCGUGUCUGAACUUCAAGGUCGCGUCGAUGGCGUCAUUCCUGGAGACGACGCGCGCAGGUACCUCGGCUGGCCCGAGAGCGCUCUUUUUGCCGUCGCGAACCAGUUCCUGGCCUCGUUCAAGUUCGGCGCCGAGGACGACGCGAAGGAGGAGGUCUGUCGCACGGCCGUGGCGAAGAUUUGCGUGAAAGUCCAUACCUCUAUCAACGAGACGGGCGAAAAGUUUUUUAAUGAAUUAAGGAGGAAAACAUAUACCACCCCCAAGUCGUAUCUGGAUCUCAUCGGCAUGUACAGCAGCAAACUAGGAGAACUCCAAGGUCAAGUCGACGUGAAGAUCGAGCAGAUGGAGGUCGGCUGCGCGAAGCUGGCCGAGACGAACGCGGUGGUCGACGGGCUGCGAGGCACGCGUCAGCGUCUACGAGACUCGCCUCCAUCUCACUUCCAUGAGGGUGGUCUCUGGUCCUUCAAUGAACCUCUGGAAGGCGUCGGGGCCGUCGCGGCGAUGCUCCGACGCCGCGACGCCGUCGGUGCGAUGCCCCGACGCCGCGACGCCGUCGGCGCGCGCCUCACGCCGUCGCCGCGACGCCGCGCCGCUCACGCGUCGAUCCCAACGCAGGUGAGCUGAAGGAGCUCGCGCCCGUGCUCGAGCAGAAGGCCGCCGACGCCGAAGUCAUGCUCAAGCAGGUCGCCGUCGACCAGGCCGAGGCCGACGUCGUGAAAGAAAAAGUUUCCGCGGAAGAGGCGACUUUGGCCAAACAAAGUGCGGAGGUCAAAGCAGUAGCUGACGACGCCCAGGCGGACCUCGACGUGGCCAUGCCCGCUCUCAACAACGCCGUCAAGGCCCUCGACAGUCUCACGAAGGCGGACAUCACCGAAGUAAAAGCUUUCGCGAAGCCGGUCCGGGCCCGUGUCGAACUUCAAGUUGUGCUUCAAUUCGGGGUCUCUCGCGGUCUGAGAGAUGUGCUGCUCGCUCCACGCCGUCGUGUGUAUCAGAGGGACCUCGUGGCCGAGUUUGAGCCUCUCAGAGGGCCGCGGUGCCGAGCUAGCGAGACGCGGCGGAUCGGGGCGUCACGAUGGCGUGCCGUCGCGGCGAUGGCGUCCCCGCGGACGCAUCGCCGGGGCCCGACGCCGUCGACGCGACGCUGCACACAAAUCAUGGUCGAUGCUCCGCGCAGGCCCCCGCCGUCCAGAUCACGAUGGAGGGCGUCUGCAUCAUGCUCGACGAGAAGCCCGACUGGCCCACGGCCAAGAAGGUCCUCGGCGACUCGCAAUUCCUCCAAAAUUUGAAGACCUACGACAAGGACAAUAUUCCCGAACCCACCAUAAAAAAGUUACAAAAGUACAUCAACGACGAGAACAUGCAGGCGCUGACUCAGUGUUGAAGUUGAACUUGAACUUGACGUCGUUGUGACGAUGGCGUCGUCAUGACCACAUGAUGAGAGUCCACGCGUCGCGCGAGAGAGUCGCGGUCGUGUCGCGACGCCGUCGUUCCCACACAGGUCGCCGUCGUCGAGCGCGUUUCCACCGCCGCCAAGGGCCUCUGCAUGUGGCUCCACGCCAUGAACGUGUACCACAAGGUGGCCAAAGAAGUAGGUCCCAAAAGGGCGAAGGUUGCAGAGUUAACGGCUCAGUUGGAAGCGGCCAACGCCGAACUGCAGGAAAAACGAGACAACCUCGCCGCCGUCGUCGCGAAGGUCGAGCAGCUCCAGAAGACGUGCGACGAGACGGUCGCCGAGAAGCAGCGGUUAUUAGAUGCUCAAGCUCAAACGGUGCUGACUCAGCGUCCGUUUCCGAAGUUUUCUGAACUUCAACUUUGGGAAGAUGGCGUCUUCGUGGUCUCACUUCACCGCGACGCCGUCUUUAUGAUCAUACGAGAGUCUACGCGACUCGUGAGGCAGUUUCGCGACGCCGUCGAUCCACGCAGGCGAUGCGGCUCCAGAACGCGGAAAAGCUCACCGGUGGACUUAGUUCGGAGGGCGUGCGCUGGAAGGAGAACCUCGGGAACUUUCGUUCGCAACGUAUAGACCUCAUAGGAGAUACGCUGUUGAGCUGCGCCGCUAUCAGUUACUACGGCCCCUUCACCGGGACUUACAGGGAUGUGCUCUUUGCCGACUGGACGGAGCUCGCUCGAAGCUUGGACCUGCCGACGUCGUCCAAUCCUACUUUACUGAACACUGUUGGUGAUCCGGUCCAAGUGAGGGAAUGGCAGACGCAAUUACUACCCACAGAUGAAGUAUCAACCAAUAACGCCAUCUUAGUGAUGCAAGGGCAGCGCUGGCCCCUCAUGAUCGACCCGCAAGCUCAAGCCAAUAGGUGGCUCCGCAAGAUGCUCGAGAAAGAUUUACUUGUGUCUACCAUGACGGACAUUAAUCUUUUAAGGGUACUGGAGAAUGGGAUCCGGAACGGGAAACCUCUACUCAUAGAAGAUGUGCACGAAAGCAUCGAGCCGGCGCUAGAGCCCGUUUUGGCCAAAGCCAUCUUCACGGAGGGUGCUAGACGGUUGAUCCGACUCGGCGAUUCGAACGUCGACUAUGAUGAUCUAUUUAAAUUAUUUAUGACCUCGAAGAUGCCGAACCCGCACUAUUUACCGGAAGUGGCCAUAAAAACUACUAUAAUUAACUUCACCGUGACGAUGGAGGGGUUGGAGGACCAGCUGUGCGCGCGCGGCGUCCGUCUUACGUCCACGCCGUCGACGCGACUUCUUUGUCGAGUUUGGGGCCAUUUGACGGCGGCGUCGCAUCGACGCGUCCGCGACGCGUAGAUCCAUCGCAGGCUCGGCGACGUCGUCAAGGCCGAGAUGCCUGCGGUAGAAAAGAAAAACGUUCAGUUACUUUUACAGAUGUCCGCGGACCGGAAGAAGGUCGCGGAGCUCGAGGCGGACAUCCUUAAAAGAUUAAGUGAGGCCCAGGGGAAUAUAUUGGACGACGAGGACCUGAUAAACACUCUAGCCGAGUCGAAAAAGGUGUCGAUCAUGAUCGGCAAGCGCAUGGAGGCCGCCGUCGUGACCAAACAAGAAAUCGACGAGGCGCGCGAGGCGUAUCGGACCGUGGCUACUCGAGGUAGCAUCAUCUACUUCGUCAUCGCGGACAUGGCGCGGACUCGGCGUCCCGUCGUGUGGAGGCGCCUUCACGCCAUGCGCAUGACGUGGUCGCCGUGACGGCGUCGAUGCGGCCGCAUGAGAGUCACGGUCGUUUCGUGACGGCGUCGGUCCCACGCAGGCCCAGAUCGACCCGAUGUACCAGUAUUCUCUGCAGUACUACCAGGCGUUAUUUAACCUCUGUUUGAAGAACUCGGAACCCUGUGAAGAGCAGCAAAAACGACUGGACAUAAUAAUUAAGUAUUCUACCGAAAAUUGCUACGCGAACAUUUGUCGGGGGUUGUUUGAGAAGGAUAAAACGUUAUAUAGUGCUCUGCUCGUGUUUAACAUAUUAAGGCAUGCGGACAAGAUCCCCUCGAAGGAGUGGGGGCUCUUUGUUCGGGGUCCCGGUAUUGUGGACCGCGACGCGCAGCCGACGAACCCGAGGCCGGAGAAGAUCCCCGAGGCGUCCUGGGAUUUGCUGUGUGCCGCGGAAUUUAAUCUGGAAGAUGCGACCGGGGAGGAGGUCGUGCCGAGCCCGUACGCCGGCGUUACUUUAUCAAUAACGAAGGACUGGGACUCGUGGUUAACAUGGCUCGAGGCGCCGGACCCCUACAAAGCACCGCUGCCGGCGCCCUUUGAGGACUCCACGACGCGAUUCUCGAAACUCAUCGCGAUACGAGCAUUGAGAGAUGAACAACAAUUAAAGGCAGUAAAUGAGUACGUCCGCGGCGAGUUCGGCGACGAAUUGGCGGAUGCGAAGGCCGGCACGAUGGACGAGAUCUACGCCGACCUCGAUAACGCGACGCCGUGCAUCUUCAUCCUGUCCAAGGGUAGCGACCCGACGGGCAUGCUCUUUAAACUCGCGAAGCAGAAAGAUUAUUCUGAUCGACUACAACUCGUCAGUCUAGGCCAGGGCCAGGGACCGGUAGCAGAAAGCUUAGUAGCCAAGGGAGUCAAGUCGGGCGACUGGGUCCUCCUCCAGAACUGCAUGCUGGCCAAGUCCUGGAUGCACAAUCUCGAGGUCAUGUGCUUCGAGUGCUGAGUCAGCGCAUGUUGAAGCUAGUUCAAUGUGAGGAAUCGCGUCGAUGGCGUCUGAGAGUGUCGUCGUGCCCUCCACGCCGUCGCCGCGGCGCGUGCCUCGGUUCUCGACGAGUCUCGUGACGGUAUCUGUCACACACAGGCUCGGCGAGAACCGCGAGUCGAACCACAAGGACUUCCGACUCUUCCUGACCAGUAGUCCGGCACCCUACUUCCCGGUAGCGGUCCUCCAGAACGGCGUCAAGAUGACGAACGAACCCCCAAAAGGUAUCCGGGCGAAUCUGUUGCGGUCGUAUCAGAAUUUAGUGAAGCCCGAGGACUUUGACACGUGCGCGAAGAGCGAUGCCUUUAAGAGGAUAUUGAGCGCAUUAUGCUUCUUCCACGGGAACAUUUUGGAAAGGAGGAAGUUCGGGCCGCUGGGCUGGAACAUCCGGUGCGUAUCUCGGCGUCCCGUUUCACGCCGUCGACGCGACUCGUGUCCAUCUUGAGGCUGUUCGGACCGCGUCGAUGCUCCGCGCAGGUAUGCCUUCGACGAGAGCGAUCUGGAGACGUCUAUAAAUGUCAUGAGGAGGUUCUUGGACGAGCAGGAGUCGAUACCGUGGGACGCGCUGCGAUUUAUUACGGGGCAUAUCAACUACGGUGGUAGAGUUACAGAUGAUUGGGAUAGGAGAUGUAUCGUCACUAUCCUCAGUAUAUACUUUAAUGAGGCGAUCAUGGUCCAGGAGGACGGCGCGUACAAGCCUCAUAGUUUCUCGCGGUCGGGACUGUACAAGCCCGCUUCAGUCGGACCCUUGCAGGAACACACGGAUUAUUUUUCCUCCUUGCCACAAAUAGAUGAACCUGAAAUAUUUGGCAUGCAUGAAAAUGCCAAUAUAACUUUCAAUCGCGCGGAAAGCAGUACGCUCAUGUCCUCGAUUCUGGCGCUACAACCGCGCGAAGGCGGUGGCGGCGGCGGGAAAUCUUCAGAUGAGAUCGUUAUUGAUGUUAUUGACGAUGCUGAGGAGCGCAUGCCCGCGCUGUUGGAUGCUGUGUGGAAAUCAACCAGUGCGUCGGGUGCUAAGUCAUUUCUCGGCGACGACGCGGCCAUCCUGGCUCGGUCGAGCGGUGGGGCGCCGGCAUCGCCACGCCGUCGAGCAGGCGUCGCGCCGAUGGCGUGGAGGACGACGCGACGAUUCAGCACGAACGCGCCGUAAAAUUUUGAUUUCCACACAGGUUGGAUGAAGAUGAUAAAGGCCCCACGACCUUCGUGAUCCAGGACAACGGCUUGUUGACGUCGCUGGACACCGUAUUGAUGCAGGAAAUGGUCAAGUUCAACCGACUCAUGACGAACAUGUCUUCGUCCCUUAGUUUGUUGAGACGAGCGAUCGGGGGGCUGGCCAUCAUGUCUUCAGACCUAGACGACAUGUACGUCGGGUUGAUGAACAACCAGCUGCCGCCCAUCUGGGAGAAAGUAAGUUUCGCGACGAUGAAGACGCUCGGGUCGUGGAUGAAGGACGCCCUGUCGCGCAUCGAGUUCAUGCGCACCUGGCUCGUCAACGGCCUGCCCGUGAGCUUCCCGCUGCCCGUCUUCUUCUUCCCGCAAGGGUUCAUGACCGGCACUUUGCAGACCUUCGCGCGCAAGUACAUGGUGGCAAUUGAUACGUUGUCGUUCAAGUUUGGGAUCUGCGGCUUCGAGGAGCCCCAGGAACACCCCGAGGACGGCGUGUUGUGUAGUGGCAUGAUGCUCGAGGGCGCGAAGUGGGAUCCCGAUGCGGCGAUGGUCGUCGAUUCGGUCUUGGGUGAGAUGUACACGCCGCUGCCGAUCGUGCACUUCAUCCCGGCGGUCGGCCACGUCAUCGCGCCGACGUCGUACGCCUGCCCCAUCUACAAGACGGCGGUCCGGAAAGGUGUAUUGUCGACGACAGGUAUGUCGACGAACUUCGUGGUGGCGGUGGAGCUGCCUACCGCCGUCGACCCCGACACGUGGGUGUUGGCUGGGGUUGCAGCCUUGCUGAACCUGACAGACUAAGAAAUUUGAAAAUA